AUGUCGCGAUAUGUUUUGAUAUUUUCAUCAGUCAACUAAUGGCGUCUGGGUGGAAGUGUACUCGAUUUUUCCUCUAAAAACAUGAAUUAAUCCGAAACUUUUUGUUAAAGUUACCCCAAUUUUGUAGUGGUGAACUUUUAAAUAUUGAGCACUAUGAGAAAUUGGAGUGGGUAAAGUUUGGAUUGUGUGUUUCUAGUGAAACCCUCUCAAAUCAUUUCUUCAAAUAUUUGAUUAUAAACAUUCAAAAUGAAUGAGGAUACUAGUGGCAAAGUUUCGGAAGACCGAAAUAUGUGGCCUCCUGUUGAUUUAUCUACGGGUAAUUCAACACCCUCACAACACAAUGUACCCAUGCCAAUACCCUCAACACCUCAAGGAACCCCAGGUAAUGCUGGAAGUGCUGAAUUCGAUAUGCCUUAUGAAUUGGUUCAGCAAGGCUGGAGAAAAUUUUGGUCUAAAAGAGAAAAUCGCCCUUAUUUUUGGAACAGAUUAACUGGGGAAAGUUUAUGGGAAAUGCCUACAUUAAAGCCACAGUUUGACCCGAUAACAGAUCCACUCGGUAUAUGUGCACCCCCACCGCCAGUUAUGCCAGUACAAACCACCCCAAUACCCAUGACUAAGAGAAGAAUGUCAGAGGAGUUGAAUAUACCAGUAAAAAAGUUUAUUUUGGCUGGACCUUGGGAUUUAGAUGUUCAAACAAAUGUAAUUAUCUUUGAGAGACCUCCUUCAAGUUACAUGCAUUCACACCCUGAGAUAGAAGCUUAUCGUUGUAGCCUCUUAGCUAAACUGCGGCAAUGUUAUGAAGAAUUAUGCCACUCCAGGGAGUCCAUAGAUGCUCCUAAGGAUUCUUUCAAUCGGUGGUUGAUGGAAAGAAAAGUAAUAGAUACAGGUUACGAUCCGUUGCUUCCAAGCAGCUGCUUUCCAGAAAUCUCGCAAAGCAUGUAUAAAGAAAUCAUAAAUGACAUCCCCAUCAAACUGGUUCAGCCGAAAUUUACCGGAGACGCCAGGAAGCAGCUAUCUCGAUACGCAGAGGCUUCGAAGAAAAUAAUCGAAUCUCGCGACGCCGGCUCUGAGAGCAGGAAGGUGGUAAAGUGGAAUGUGGACGAAACAUUUCAAUGGUUGAGGAAGACGGUGGGUGCAACCUACGAUGAUUUCCAAGACAGGUUGGCUCAUCUCAGGCAGCAAUGUCAGCCGCAUCUUACUGCAACGGUAAGAACUUCUGUGGAAGGCAUCUGUCUGAAGAUUUAUAAUUUGUCCUGCGAAUAUGCCAAAAAAGUGAGGGAAAAGACUAAUAUUAUUCUCAAAGAACACAAUAUGGAACUACCCCCUGUGAUGACUAUACCCCACACAAGAAAAGUUUGGUGUUAUCCAAUUCAGUUCUCAAUUCCAUGUCCGAGAUUGCCAGUUGUUGAAUAUUUCCCAGACAGAGAUCAGAUGCAGAUCAAAUAUCAGAAUGAUACCCUGAUGAUUAACAAUAUUUAUCUUCAGAAACUGGAGCAUCUGUAUAGACAUAGUUGCUUCGACGACAAAAAAUUUGAGCAGUUCAUACCGAGGGUUUGGGUGAUGCUAAAAAGAUAUGCAACAUUCUUAGGGGUUUAUCCUACUGCAAAGAAUGCCAGUUUGGACGUCCACGAUACUCAAGCUUCACUUCCUGUAACUGUAUUCGAAUGUUUGAACAGAAUGUUUGGUGUAACUUUUGAAUGUUUUGCUUCCCCGCUGAACUGCUACUUCAAGCAGUAUUGCUCGGCAUUUGGGGAUUGCGAUGCAUAUUUCGGCAGCCGAGGGCCUUUUCUUCAGCUGAAGGCAGUUUCUGGAUCUUUUGAAGUGAAUCCCCCAUUUUGCGAAGAACUUUGGGAUGCCACUGUGACCCACAUGGAACAUCUCUUAUCAGAAAGCCCCGAACCCCUGAGCUUCAUUGUACUUAUGCCAGACUACAGAGAUCCGACGCCAUCCGCAUUGGUUAGGAUCGAAAAUAGUCAAUUCAAGAGGAAACAGGUCACCGUUCCUGCUUACGAGCACGAAUUCAGACAUGGUCUCCAACACAUUCUCACGAGGUCUGAGCUGAACGUGCGCUCAGUUCAUGGCACUGUCAUUAUUUGGUUGCAAAAUACUGCUGGUAACCAGAGAUGGGAACCAACAGAUGACAAGGUGCAAGCAUUGCUAGAAGCAUUCAGACCUGGCAGAGAAAGGGAAAGGGAUCGACAAGAGCUGUUGAGUCCUACAAGGCAGGGUAGCACAUCAGACACGAAAGAAGCAGUUGUUCACUGAGUCUUUUGUAUCAUGUGACAUUUCCAUGUUUUUGUAUAGUUUAUCGAGAGUGGCAUUUAUAUUUUUUAUAAAUAUUUUAUUUAUACAUUUCGCGAUUAAGUUUGGUUUUUGUAAAAAAAAUUCUUGUAAUUAUAAGACGAAAUUCUACAUUAGAUAAAUAAAUUUGGUAUGAAAAUUUGAAUUUACAAGCAUUAUUUCAAGUUUCAAAUGUACACUGGUGUGAUAUUCGCUAAAAUAUGAGAUUUUCAUUUUAUUCAUUGUUUUGAAUUUGAUAUCAAGUUAUCAUUUAUAAAAUUCUAUAUAUUUAUAGUGAUUGCCUAGUAUGUAUGUUCUCCGCUGUUUCCUGAAAAGUAUGGAAACUUGGUAGGGGGUGUCAUUAUUUUUGAAUUGAUGUGGUUCGUUUUCGAUAUUGUAAGCAAUAUCUUGAACGAAUAUCUUGUUAGAUGUUAUAUAAUAUUACAAGAAGAGUGAAGUGUGACUACUACUAAUGGAUAGGUGCUUAAUUUCUAACAUCAUCAUAUCAACCUUGAAAUUGAUGAAAAUUAUUCAGUAAUAUUUUAUAUUGAACUUUUAGUUAAUAUCUGUAAGUUACACACAUACUAUGGCUUAUCAACUAUUAUAUUUGUAUACAUGUAAAAUAGAGAUAUAUAGAUGCAAUUUGUUCAUUAGAUAUAGUUUCCAUUAUUUCUGAGAUAUCUUUUACUCAAUCUUCUUCAUUGUAGAAAAGUUUUAUUUGGUAUGUUAUUGAUUAAUGGUGCAAUUUUCAAAGAAUGAAAAUUUAUUAGAAUAUGAUAUUGUUUUCCUAAUUUAUAUUUGAUUUUUUAAGCUAUCCCCAACUAACAAUUUGUGGGUUAUUUUCAGUAUGUCUAGAAAAAUUGUAAUAUGUCUACUGACUGAUGCAUUUAAAAUGAAGAAUAUCGGUAAUUAUGGUCAACUAGGUUUGAACAUUCGAUAUAUAAAAUAAAUUUUCAUUAAAUAUAGAUACAUUCAGUUGUUUCUUGGUUAGCUCCCUAUGAUUGUAAUCGUUUACAUGGACCAAAAAUAUAAGAAACUACAUUAUUUGAACAAAAAGAACGAAUUCAGAAUGUGAUAACUGAUAAGGUAGCUUGCUAUGCAGGGCACACAGAGGAGUUUUUAUAAACUUCUCAUUUAAUUUGAGAAAAAUAAAGUUUGGUGAAAUAAUCAA